AUUGCAAAUUCAGUACGCCUCGAACGUUAGGCGAAAGAACUCCGCAGGAGCCAAAGCCUCUCUAAACCAUACUAACAACAACAUACGCCUCGAUCUGUUGGCGAUAAGAGGCCAACGAACUCCGCAGGAGCCAAAGCCUCUCUAAACCAUACUAACAACAACAACAACUGUUGGCGAUGACACACCUAUUGCAAGCAAAAAAACACACAACAAUUUUUUUUCUUAUCUUUUUGUCCACCGGUGUACCUCUCGCUCUAAUUUCUCUAGUCUAGUCUAGUUGCCUCGCUUCCUCCUAUAGCGAUUCUGUCGAGCUGAGCUUUCACGUCCCUCACCACCGAUCUCCUUCCUACCCCUCGCCUAAGAUCGUCUAACGUCUCGCCUGACACCUUUCGUUGUGUUGGUGCUAUGCGGCUGCUGUCACUGAAGAUGUCAAGUUGUGUGUGUAAAAAAACCUAAACAGUGUUGUUGGCUGAUCAAUUUUGGUAAGUUUUUCAAUAAUUAAGUUCUUAUUUUUACGUAAGUAAGUGCCAUUUUAGCAAAAGUAAGUGGUAGAAGUCCUGCCCAAUGCGUGCUGGCUCCGUCGGAAGCGUUACGUGCAUGUACCGGGGUAGGAAAGUGGUGUGGUGAACAACACAGCACAAGACAGCGGAUAUAAUGCAGAAACGAUAUGGGCCUGCCGCAGGUGUUUGCGACUGUAGGUUUUGUUGUAUAUGAGUCGCCAAUUUUCCUCUAUCCUGGAACGAGGGCUUACGAGGAACCUUUUAAGAACAUCCUCCGGAUGGCGAAGAGUCGGCGAAGAGUCGGGCUCUACCUGCUCAACACGCUAGAGGCCCAGCCGGCACCGGGUGCCCCGAUUGCACCGUCAGACGGUGUCGAGCGUGCUCGUUCACAACGUUCGGGGCAGGAAUUCAACCCAGCAACAGGACCGACCGCAGCAACAGGACCGACCGCACUACUGAUCGCGGUCAAAUUUCCUGGCAGGAGAAAAAAUCCCACAAGUGUAUCGAUUUCAUCGACGCUCGCUGGCAGCACCAACAUGCCACUGAAUAACCCCGGAAAGGCGACAAACACUCAUCUCCAGCGGCAAAUUGGUAACUUUAACCCACUUCCGCACAUCUAUACGACAUCACGUUAAUAGUGUUAUUGUGAUGAUGUUAAUGAGUUAAGAUUAGACUUAAAUACGCUUUAAGGAAUACAUCGAUAUGCCUAGUUUUAAGUUAAGUGUUUUGACAUGCGCGUGUGUGUUAAGGGGCGAGAUAAGCGCUAAGCAAACUAAGCGGCGGCGUAAGGCGCCGUGGUCUUUAGGGGUCCCAAAAAUGGAACUUACCCCCCACUCACAAGUAAAAUUGCUACCCAAUCUUGCAGCCACACCUACAUUUAUGUGUCUGCUUAGGGCUUCCACUCGUAUGUGCGGUUUUUACACUACA